AUGGAAAAUAAAGAGAUAAUUAUUCGAUUUAUAGCAGUUGGGAUCCGAAGCUUCAUAUGCAUGCCACCUUAUUUCUUUCACAGCUCUGACUGUUAUAUACUAGUCUUUGACAUAGCAUCAAGAGAAAGCUUUGAUCAUCUUGAGGAAAUAAAAAAAAGACUUUUAGCUUACUUGAAUAUAGAGCCAAAUGAAGAUUUCCCAUUUGUGGUAAUAGGGAAUAAGACUAAUAUGGUAAGAGAAGUGCCAUAUGAGAUGGCAAAAGAAUGAUGCAGAAAAAGUGGAAAUAUUUCAGUAUUUGAGAGUUCAGCAAAUGAUUAUAUCAAUAUUGCUACAGCAUUUGAGAUGGCAGCAAAGAAAGGAGAAGAAUGGCACAUAAAAAAGUGAUUUGAGAAUUGCAUCAAAAAAUCCAAAAAUUAA